AUGGGCUCCAAAACUCCAGAGAACGAUGGAGAGACAGGUCGAAAUGAUGCGCCCAACACAAACAGCGCCAAAGGUGCUGGCGGGGAACCCCGAGGAUCUCAUUUGUCCCGCGAUGGUGACUGUAACCUGGGAGAUGAUGAUGGAGAUGAUGAUCCCGACGGAGAUAACCUAACCAGUCCUCUCAACCUCUCGCUGGCGUCGGAACCUAAGCCGACAACUAGCUCUAAGAAAAAGAAGCGCAGGAAGCCUAAGAAGGCAUCUUCAUCCAAACAGUCGUCACCCCCGCGAGUUCCCCUCGUGAAAUUAUUUCCUGAUGCUCGAUACCCCGCGGGCGAGUGUCUGAUUUACGAAUCUGAGGUUGACAAUACCGCUCGCACAACCGCGGAAGAGACUCGAUACGAGUCGCGGAUGCAACCCCGGGACGGGAAGUUUCUCGAAAACUACCGUAAAGCAGCUGAAGUACAUCGAGAAGUCAGAAAAUGGGUACAGAACAGUGUUCAACCCGGCCAGACUCUAACCGAUAUUGCUGUAAGUAUCGAGGACGGCGUGCGAGCAUUACUCGACAAUGCUGGACUUGAACCGGGUGAUGGUCUGUUGUCAGGGAUUGGAUUUCCCACUGGUCUCUCAUUGAACAAUUGCGUUGCGCAUUAUACUCCUAACCCUAAACAGAAGGAGAUCUUCUUACAGGCGAGCGACGUGAUGAAAGUUGACUUUGGUGUCCAUAUCAACGGUUGGAUUGUGGACAGCGCAUUCACUAUGUCUUUUGAUCCCACCUAUGAUAAUCUACUGGCCGCAGUGAAGGAUGCGACAAAUACUGGCAUCAAGAAUGCAGGAGUUGAUGUCAGAAUCUGUGAUAUAUCAGCUGCCAUUCAAGAGGCAAUGGAAAGUUAUGAGGUUGAAAUCAAUGGCAAAACAAUACCGGUGAAGGCUGUUCGAGGAAUUACCGGCCAUAACAUCAACCAAUACCAAAUUCACGGAGGGAAAUCGAUACCGUUUGUGAAGAACAAUGAUCAAACGAAAAUGGAGCUUGGGGAGAUAUUUGCCAUUGAAACAUUUGGGACAACAGGUAGUGGUUCUUUAGUCGAGGGCCCCGGUGUCUACGGGUAUGGGAGAGAGUUUCUGGCACCUAAGACUGUGCACUCCCAUCUUGCCAGUGCUAAAUCUCUUUACAAGACCAUCAAUGCCAAUUUCGGCUCCCUGGUAUUUUGCCGCCGAUAUCUUGAGCGGCUGGGCAUUCAAAGUUAUCUAGCAGGUAUGAACGAUCUCGUUUCUCAAGAGGUUGUUGAAGUAUACCGACCUCUCAUGGAUACGCAUGGUUCUGUCUCUGCCCAAUUCGAACAUACUAUCCUGCUGGGAGAGACAAGCAAAGAAGUUAUUAGUCGGGGAGAUGACUACUAA